UUCCCUAUUCCAGGUCGCUUGGCAUUAACGUUGAAGUUUCCUUCAAUGUCGCAGGAAAGGUCGUAGAGAAGCCGCCUAACUAUUUGUAUAUAUAGAUAGUAAUUACAUUGGAAGGAAAAUUACAGUCGUAAGAUUGGGAUUAUGUCUCAGUCUGGCUCUAAUUUUGCUGGUACUCCUGACAGCGACUAUGGCGAUCCGACGAACUUUGAGCUCUCAGAAUUCUUGAAGUUUGAUGAGUGGGAGGAAGAUGAUCAAUCAUUUCUGGCUUCUGGUUCUACCCAGAAUCCUGUUUAUCGAGCACAUGUAAUCGGUGAGUCAGGUGGAGCUACCAGCCCUCAUGGAGGGCCUAGUAUCGGUGAGGGCAGGGAGAAAAAGGAAGUUAAAGAAAGGGUAGCAUUCAAGACAAAAUCAGAUGUUGAGAUACUAGAUGAUGGGUUCAAGUGGAGGAAGUAUGGCAAGAAGAUGGUCAAGAAUAGUCCAAACCCAAGAAAUUACUAUCGAUGCUCAGUUGAAGGCUGCCCUGUGAAGAAGAGAAUAGAAAGAGAUAGAGAGGAUAUAAGAUAUGUAAUAACAACGUAUGAGGGUAUCCACAAUCACCCAAGUUCUUCUUAAGCAUCAGGCUGUGAAGAAGGGUUGAUUUUCAGCCAAGACAGAUCUUACCCUCAAAUAUAUUGAGUAGAAAAACCAUGAAUUAUGCUUACGCAAAACAGGAUUGAAAACUGAGAUUGCAUAUGAAAAAGGGGCUUCGUUUGGUGAUCAACUCAUCAAAAUUCAGCGUCCAUCGAGUUCGAGUGGGUUAAGCUUCUCGUCUGCAGCUCGUCAAUGAGAAAGGUCAAAGGAUGAAAAAAAAAAAAAAAAGGCUUGACACGUGCUUGACGGGAACAAAAGAAGCAUAGCUAUUGGACACGUGCAUCUAUUCAAC